CGGUUUUGGGCGCAGGGCGGCAGGUGUAGCGAUGAGGAGCGGUGCUCGGCGGGCCGGAGAGGGUGGCCCCGCACGGCAGCGCGCAGCCCCGACAGCAACCCGCCCGCCCGGGCAUGGCAGCGGUCCCGCCGCGCCGCUCCCCGCGCUGAGCCCCGCCGAGCCCCCGGUGCCGGUACCGGUGCCAUGCCCCCCCAAGAGCUCCUGGACUACUCGCCUGCCCUGCGGAGACACAGCCCCCCCCCGGGCAGCGGCCCGGAGCUGGGCAUCAAGUGCGUUCUGGUGGGCGAUGGCGCCGUGGGCAAGACCAGCCUGGUCGUCAGCUACACCACCAACGGCUACCCCGACGAGUACCAGCCCACCGCCCUCGACACCUUCUCCGUGCAGGUCCUGGUGGAUGGAGCCCCAGUCCGGAUCCAGCUGUGGGACACUGCUGGACAGGAGGACUUUGACUGUUUGCGCUCGCUUUGUUACCCUGACACCGACGUCUUCCUUGUCUGCUUCAGUGUGGUAAACCCAAGCUCCUUCCAAAACAUUACUGAGAAAUGGAUCCCUGAGAUACGAACUCACAACCCCCGGGCACCGGUGCUGCUGGUGGGGACGCAGGCAGACUUGCGGGAUGAUGUCAAUGUCCUCAUCAGCCUGGAUCGCUACCACGUGAAGCCCGUGCCUCGGCCUCAGGCAGAAGGUCUAGCUGACAAAAUCCGGGCUGAAGCCUACCUGGAAUGCUCAGCACUGACCCAGAAGAACCUCAAGGAAGUUUUCGACAUGGCCAUUGUGAGCGGUGUCGAGCACAAAGCGCGGCAGGAAAAGAAGAUGACUGCCAAAGGCAUCAAAACUCUCUCCAAGUGCCGCUGGAAGAAGUUCUUCUGCUUUGUCUGAAGCUGCUUUGAGGGGGGAGAAAAAAGAAACACCCAAUGCCAGUAUUGGCUGUGCACCUUCUUGGAGUGACUGCUCCUAUGGCCCCAGCGAGGAGGGUAUGAUAAGCUGCUGGGCUUGGAAACCUGGCUCUUGCUGGGUUACAGUAUCAGAUGCCUAGGAGACAUGAACUGGAUUUCCAUUGUGCCGGGAUGUGGAAUGGUCCAGGCAGCUAUAAGUACCUGCCGGAUAUGUCUGUAGUAUCCCAGACUCAUGGGAGCCUUUAAUACACCAAGACUCAGUACCCCAGAGCAGGCAGGUUCCUUACAUUGUUCAAAAUGACCAGUUUUCUGUCUGAAGCUAACACACUUUUGGAGUCCUGACGCAGCAUAAUAAAUGUGAGGUACUUUUGAAGUCUGCCUAUGUUUUGGCUGAUUUACAGGCAUGGCAGAGAGUAGGGCAGGGGCAGUUGCAGGCCACUGCAAUGUGGUCAGACAUGGGCUGCUGAAUUUGUAACACGAGACUUGGGUUCCCUCUCUGAUUCUGCUUGCCAAAAUAGGUAGAAGCCACUUGGCUGUGAAAAAGCAGCGCUCUUUCUUAAAGGCCCUGAAUUGUGAGUACCCUUGAGAAGGUUUUUCCUAAAUAAAGGCCAUUAGCAGGCUGAAGAGAAAAUGCACUGGGAGCUACAGUAAUUCUUUAAGCAAAAUGUUCUCCAAGAGGACUCUGUAGUCCAGUGGGGGCCAGUGCUAUAGUCCUAUCUUAAGAGGUAGUCAUGAACUUGGGGACCUAUUUUGAAAGACCUUUUGCGUGUGUCGUGUUUUGAGAGAAAGAACAGGUGAGGAACAGUGAUGAGUGGCUCUGUCUGUCUAGCAGAGACGAAACUCUGUCAGCGAAGGGUUUGCAACACUACCAAGGGGUGAAAUGUAGAUGGAGAGCCAUGCAUGUUAUGAAGGGAGAAGAGAGAAGGGAGAAAAGGAAGGGAAUAAAAAGGGUAGAGAGAGAUAGAAGGAAGAAAGGGA